UCAAUGAUCAGAACCCGAAUCAUUAUUGAUCACACUCAAAUUUGAGAUUUUUUUUUUUUAAUUUGUUUCCUUAAGGAAAAGAGAAAACAAGAACUAGGAACAAUCUGCGAAGCAUUGCAUAUAUCUCGAAUUUCGGACACGUAAUAAAGGAGAGAGAGAAAGAGAGAAGAAAAUGGAGAAGUAGAAUAUACAAGUACAAGCACAAGUGCAGAAGCUUCGGUGUAACUCUAAUGGCGAUAUUCUCUGAAUCAAAUCAUCAUCACAACAGUUCCGAUGGAGUUUCCCAGCGAGUCAACAGCCCGCGUUACUCGGGUCCAAUGACUCGCCGCGCUCACUCCUUCAAACGAAACAAUAACAGCAACUCCCACGGCGGCGCCGUCACCGGCCCCGCCGGUGGCGGCGGCGCUCUCAGUUCCCACAAUGAGAUUGAACUUCAAAUCAACUCACCCAGAUCGGAAGAAGGGUUUGAACCUGUGCCUGAGAGGAGGCACGUGCACCAUCACGUGAGCCAGAGAAUGCACGUGAGAGGGUUGUUGAAGAAACCUCUUGAAUCCAUUGUUGUGGAUUUGGGGUUGAGGGAGAGGAAGAAAAUUGGGCAUUGGAUGUUCCUAGUGUUUUGUGGGGUGUGCUUGUUGAUGGGUGUUCUUAAGAUGUGUGCCACUGGUUGGCUUGGAUCUGCUAUAGAAAGAGCUCAAUCAUCUAAUCAGGAACUGUCUAAAUCCAUUGCUAGUCUAAAGCUAACGGAUCGAAGCUCCCUUGGUUAUGCAUAUAGGGAGGGAGCAGGUGAUGUUGAACGAACUCUAAAGACAGUAGCAACAAGAGUAGAUGGCGGCCAUAGUGCAAUAUCUGAAGACUCGGGUAUCUGGUCUAAACCCAACAGUGACAAUUUCACCCAAUGCAUAGAUCUGCCAAGUAAUCAUAAAAAGCUAGAUGCAAAGACCAAUGGAUACAUUAUUGUAAAUGCAAAUGGUGGCCUGAAUCAGAUGAGAUUUGGGAUAUGUGAUAUGGUUGCUGUUGCUAAGAUUAUGAAGGCAACACUUGUUCUUCCUUCUCUUGAUCACACCUCCUACUGGGCUGACAACAGUGGCUUCAAGGAUUUGUUUGACUGGAAGCAUUUUAUUGAUACACUGAAGGAUGAUGUCCACAUAAUUGAGAAAUUACCUCCUGCUUAUGCUGGAAUUGAGCCUUUCUCAAAAACUCCAAUAUCUUGGUCCAAGGUUAAUUAUUAUAAAACUGAGGUUCUCCCUCUCCUAAAUCAGCACAAAGUAAUCUAUUUCACUCAUACUGAUUCCCGGCUUGCUAACAAUGACAUCAGAAAUUCCAUACAGAAACUAAGAUGCCGUGUAAAUUACAGAGCAUUGAAAUAUUCAGCUCCGAUUGAAGAAUUUGGAAACACAUUGGUAUCUAGAAUGCAACAGAAUGGAAAUCCUUAUCUUGCUCUUCAUUUGAGAUAUGAGAAGGAUAUGCUUGCAUUUACAGGCUGCAGCCACAAUUUGACUGCAGAAGAAGGUGAAGAACUAAGACAAAUGCGAUAUGAAGUCAGUCACUGGAAGGAGAAAGAGAUUAAUGGGACGGAGAGAAGAUUGCUUGGAGGUUGUCCGUUAACUCCAAGGGAAACUUCGCUUUUACUUAAAGCAUUGGGUUUUCCAUCACACACCAGGAUUUAUCUGGUAGCUGGAGAAGCAUAUGGAAGAGGAAGUAUGAAAUAUCUUGAGGAUGAUUUCCCCAACAUUUUUUCUCAUUCCUCUCUCUCUUCUGAAGAAGAGUUGAUUCCUUUCAAGAAUCAUCAGAACAUGUUGGCUGGUAUAGACUAUGUUGUUGCCCUUGAGAGUGACGUAUUUCUCUACACUUAUGAUGGAAAUAUGGCAAAGGCUGUACAAGGUCACAGGCGCUUUGAUAACUUUAAGAAAACCAUCAGUCCAGACAAGAUGAAUUUUGUUAAACUUGUUGAUCAGUUGGAUGAAGGAAAAAUUUCUUGGAAAAAGUUCAGCUCCAAGGUAAAAAAGCUUCACAAAGACCGAAUUGGUGCUCCUUAUCCAAGGGAGCCUGGUGAAUUUCCAAAGCUCGAGGAAAGUUUUUAUGCAAAUCCGCUGCCAGGAUGCAUUUGUGAAACAAGAUAGUACUAGAGACUCCUCUGAAGGCUAUCUGUCUUGUGGCGGCAUGACAAGACUGCAAUCAAAAGACAUUGUGGCUGUGCUGUGAUAUUUUUCAAUACUUGUGUCUUGACUCUUGAGGAGAUGGCAAUGUGAAUGUUCAAAAGCUGGGUUAUCUGGUUUAGAUUGCCUGGCUGUUGGGAUAAGAUUACAGUUGGCCAAGGUGUGGGGGUAAGAAACUGAGAUUCCUAGCUGUACCUUUAGAAUUAAGGAUCAUUCACGGACAGGCCAGAAUAUACCACUGUCAAUACUUGCAAUAGAAAUUAAACACCAUACCAUAUUAAGCUACCUCAUCCCUAAACACACUUGAAUGAGGAAGUCUUUCUUUUUUUUUCCUGGAUUGUAUUUUAUUCAAUACUUGUAUUAGC